AUGAUAAUAAUAAUAAUAAUAAUAAUAAAGCACAUAUGGAAAAAUAAGUACUUUAAUAAUGAUAUGUCCAUUUUUAAACACAUUAUUUUAUGCACAGCAGUCAUUUGGGCUUGCACCUAUUCCAACUCUAAGAUAAUCAACUGCUGUAUUUGGCUAACAGUUUUUUUUGUUUUUACAAUAUCAAUCAGUUUUCCAGAAGGCCAUACUCCUUUUCCAAAGAAACUACCAGUAAGAAAUGACCAACCUGUGAUGAAAGAACAUGCAGAUUCGUCAAAACUAUUUUCAUAUCAUUCAGAUAUACCGCGUGAGUUGAAUGAGAUUACCGAUCUUCUUAUUCGUGAAUUUAUUGUACCGUGGUUUGAAAGGAUUGAUAGCCGUGAAGAUUCUAAAUUCAAACAUGCAGUAAAGACAACAAUUCUCAAAAUUAUAAAAGCACUACACAUCAGUGUCUGCAGAGAUGACGUUGCCACUAAAGUGUCACUAAAAUUAAUAUCUUUAAUCACGGAUCACAUCACUGUUUUCAAUACGAUGGAUAUACCCAGCUCAUACCAAGAAAACAAGAAAGCGUCACUGAAAUAUGCCAUUACGUACAAUAAAAUACUCAAAAUACACCAAGGUAUAACACUUAAGAGCGAUAGUUUAGAUAAAGAUAUUGAAAAUCACACUAAAAACAUCAUUGAAAAAGCACUUUUUUCAGUUCUUGGCGAAGAAGAAAUGAGCUCUCCAUUUGUUUCAGUCCUAUCAAAAGAAAUUUUAUCUAUGGCUGUUUUCUGUCCUCUUUUGACGAAGUACUGUGACCCGUAUAGUUGGAAUAUGUCUCUAAUUUCUAUCUGCAAAAAAAUAUUAGAGGAAAGAAGCCAGGCUCAAGAAGUUAGGAAAAUCUUAACAAAACAGCUUCAUACUUCUCAAUUAAUUGAUCAUGAAAACAUCACCAACCUCAAAUCAUGCGCUAUGGAAUUUAAUAUCAACUCAGAUACUUCGGAUGAAGAUUUUGAGAUAUUCCUGAAAAGGCUGAGCGAACUAGACUCACUGAGCGAUUUGAGGUCAAUUAAACUGACAAUGAUGAUGGAAUCACUGAAACUUUCAUCUACUGACGAAAAGCACCCUUCAAAAAAAAUAAAUCUGCUAAAGAAAAGAAUAGCUCUCUCAUUGAACCUAGUUAACAGCAAAUUGAAGUAUUUGGAUGCAAAAGAUAAGAACAUUUCGGUAGACAAAAAAGAAAUGGAUUUUCUAGAUGAUAAAGAGAUUCUCUUAAAGCUUGAAUCUUUUAUAUCACGGGUGAAUUUGGAUGCCAUAUUAAGUGAUAAUUUCUGUAUGCUAUAUUUCAAAAGAUAUCUAACUAUGAAGAAAGACACAGGGUCUCUUUUAUAUCUUGCCUUUUGGAAGAAGAUUGAAUCUUUGAAAAACCCUUUACCGUCUAGUGUAUCAGUGGGCGCUACAGUAACUCAAAUCUCCUUAGAAAAUAUGGAAAAUAUCAAAAAUAUUUUUUUUAAUGAUAAGCAGAUACCCUAUAUGAAGGUUUUGGACGAAAAGUUAGUACUAGAAUUACUUCAACUUAUUCAAGAAGAGACGAACAAAAAAGAUACGGUACGUGAUGUGGAAAAGAUCUUUCUUGAACUUCAGCACAAAUCCAUUUUGCAUCUAAAUAUCCAAUUUCUAAAAUUCAAAAAAUCAGGAAUAUUUAUAAAAAUGAUUUCAGCACUAGAGUUUAGUUCGACAAAUGUCUAUACUGGGUACAUCAGCAAUAGGCCUACAAAAAAUAGUUCUGAUACGGUGCUUGGCAGACACAACCUUGAAAAACAACCAAAUGAACCCAUGGAAGUAAUUCUGAAUCCAAUUAUUAGUGAAGAAUUGGAAAAAAUUGCAAACAAGGAGAAAUCGUACGAUUCCACAUAUCAAAAGCUAGGAAUAGCAGAUAUUGACGUGGCGUUCUUAAUGAAAAAUAAUAGCCAUAUAUCCCAUUACGAUAUUUUAGAUGUAAAGCCUCCAAAAAUGGAGAAUCACACCAAGAAUGAAAUAUUUUUGGAAGAUGAUAUGAAAUGUGGAAAUCCGUUGGGCAUCACUCAAGGUAGUACUCUUCUUCAAGCAAUAAAGUGUAACGAGGACGCUAAUGAAUCUGAUUCAGAUCUAUCAACGUUAAACUCAGAUAUCGAACAGCUCACUAGGGAACUGAAUCUUUUAAAACAUCUGAUUUUAAAGGCAGAAUUAACAAAUAGUAAGAAGCAGCUUACACUUUUGAGAAAUUCUGAGAGAACUCUUCAAAGAGAGAUGCGAAAAAAGAAUCUUUUGAAACAAAGAUUAGUAGUACAGCAAGACGAGGAGAGUAUUUUUGGUAGGACUUCAGUUAGCAUAAAAUCAUACUUUGCAGAAAAAGACAUAAUCGGUGCACAUGAAACAGUUUAUUAUAUCAUCAACGUAAAUUUUAAAAAUGAAGAAAAAGUUACUUCAUGGGAUAUUCCUAGAAGAUUCAAUGAAUUCCAUUUACUCAAUGCAUAUAUGAAAAAGAGGCAUAGAGAGGUAAUAAAAAAGUUGCACUUAAAUGAACUUUUUCCAUCAAAAACGAACAUUUCAUUAAAGUAUCAUCUUUCUCCAAAAUUGUUGUACGAGGACAGAAAGUCAAAAUUAGAGACUUACUUAAGAACACUACUGAGCAUAAGUGAAAUAUGCCGUGAUAUUACUUUUAGGGAAUUUCUGUCCAAUACAAACCCAUUCGACUCUGAUAGCAUAGAUUUUAAGAAAACCAAUCAAAAAAAGUUUUCAAUACCAGAAGUAGCAAUGACUGGAAAAGGAAACUUUUCGGCGUCACUCUCUUCAACAUCUCAGUCACCUGAACUUUCGAUGCACUCUGGGAGCAGUAAUUCCGCUAGCGUAAAAUCAGGUUUUAAUAAUGAAGAUAAUCAGACAUUCACUAAUGCCAAGACACCAGAAUAUGAAUUUGAGCAGAGAACUAUUGUGAAAUCAAUGUGUGACUUAUUUAUAGCAAUAUUUUCGUUAAACGGUGUAAAAUCAAUAUGGCUACGUGGCGGCGGUAUCAUCAUCCUUUUGCAACAGCUAUUUGGAAGUACUAUUGAAAAGUAUCUUCGUGACACCAUUGCAAGAUUUACUAGCAAGGAAAAGACCGCUGAAAUGUUGCAAGAUUUGAAAGUAAGCCUGUGGGGACCCUCAGGAUAUUUUGAAAAACGAAAAGCUAGAAAAGAGGCGGAGCUUUUGCCAGCAUCUGAUGCAGAAAGGAAGAAGGCGCAUAGAGACUCUUUAGUACUGAUACAAGCUCUAUUUGUUGAGACAUUUAGCAAGCUGGUGGGUUACCGUCAAGCCCAACAAGGAGCGAUUACUCUGCAUCAAACCCUACAGAAUCCAUACUUAAAUGCAUCACUUCUAUUAAGUAUAUUAGAUAUCAUUGUCCAGGACAUCAUUCUUCAAGAUGACUGGCAAAAUCUCUCAUAA